GCCACCGAGGCCGCAACGCGCGUUAUUUGGAGUUUCUGUUUACUCUGCAGUGCACUGUAGUUUACCCGUGAAUUCCUCGCGUCGAUGCAGUCUACGUGCGUGUAUGGCAGUGCUUAAUAGUUUGUCUAAUACAGAAUGGCUGGUCACUUCGGAUUUGGUGAGCUUUUCGACCCUAAAAGGCCAGACGAAGAUCCAGAUGGGAACGAGUCCGGUAAUCGCGAGGACGAGACGUUCGCACGCUUGGUGCGGCGUCUCAACAACAUCGUGUGCCAAUCGGAAGUGAAGUCCCUAGAGAAUCCAGAGGCACAGCUUGAUCCCGCGGAAGAGUUGCACGAGUACAAAGCCAUGAUGGAUGUACUUACAGGAGACCCUAUGCUGCUGCCUACAGAGAGCAACUACCUAUCCCUGGCCUGCGCUGUUUUGCACAAUGCUUCAAAAUGCACUCGCCUGGGACUUCCAGUUCUUUUAUCGCAUCACAGGGUACUGCUUGAAAAAGGCAAGUCACCGUGCCGACUGUUGCGGCUUAUAACACUUGCAGAAAAUUAUUUCCACCUUCGUCACUGCCGCACAUUUGCCAAUGGCAUGGUGUGCCGCACAUUUUCCAAAGGCAUGGUGUGCCGCACAUUUGCCAAAGUGGCCGACAUGCGGUCGGGUCCCGGAUGGCUGGCAGCCGAUCUGGGCCGCGUUCGCUGUUCGCUCGCCCAGCGGCUGCUGGCCGAAGGCGAUCCGCGUGGCUGUCAGCGGAUGCUGGCACCCCUGAUGCGCUGGCUGCACCGUCCCGGAAACCGGGCUCUCGACUGGACCGGCGGCCGCCUCCGGUGGCUGCGCGCGGGUGACCACGUCUCCUUGCGCUCGCUGGCCUACCUGCUGGCGGCACAGGCCGACUUCGCGCUCAAGGGAAGCUGCUGCCCAGCGCUACUCUGCCAGGUGCGCUGCCCACUGCUGGGGCCGAGGCUAGCUUACUUCCGAGCGUUGGCGGUCACCGACGAGAAGCAACUGUGGACUGCCCUGCAGCGCUGGCCGAGGGACGCCCCGCUGUGGACGCUGGCCGGCUGCCGGUUGGCGUCGCGAGGGCGCUGGCGCUCCGCGCUGCAGCUGUUCAUGCGCGCCUUGCGACUCGAAGAAGAGUCCGUCCAUGCAGCGCGCUCCGAACAGAACGGAGAACGGGGCCUGGCCCUUUGGAACCUGGCGGCGUGUCUGGGCGCUCUGGAACAGCGGGAGGCCCAGGGACGUGCCCUGGAACUCCUGGCCUCCCGCUGCUGCGGGCCCGGCAGAGACGCGCAACUGGCGGUGGCUGCGGCGCGGGCUUUGGACGGGCUUAACAUGCACGCGGAAGCGGCCAGGGCCUACGGCGGCCUGGUACAGCGCGGUUGUCAGGGGGGGCAGCGGUCGCUGCGCGUGGACUGGGCGCUGUGUCUGCUGCGCGGGGGACGGCCGCGGGCGUCUUUGCAAGCGUGCGGGGCAGUCGGGACGAGCGGCACGGACGGCGGUGUGGACGAGGAUGACCCCCGACUCGCCUUCUGCAGGGGAUCGGCGAUGGCGGCGCUGGGAGAGGUCGAGCCAGCGCUGCAGGAGUUCCGAAGGGGCCUUGCCCUGGCUGCUGCUGCUGCUGGCGAGGAAGGCGGCGACUGGUUGCGUUCGCAGUUGCUCGUCAACAUCGCGGUGCUCCGGGCUCCCCGCGAAGAGGAGACGUCGCGGCGGCAGCUGGCUCGAGCUCUGGCCAUCUGUCCCGAUAACGUCGACGCAGCGUACAACCUGAGCCUCCUGCUUGUCGCCGCCGGAAAGACCGAGGCUGCCCGCAGGAUAUGGCAACUGCACGGCUUCCGGCCCGAAGAUGCCGCCUGCAAGAGCAGCAGCAGCGUGGGUGCUCCGCAAGCGGCUUGGCUCGAGGCCAGGUUGUCUCAAUGUUGA